AUGGCUGAACAAAAUUAUACUGUUGAAAAUACCGAUGAUAAUAUACAAACUGAAAAUACAUCGGAAAUAAAAAAUCCCGAAUAUAUCAAGGGGGAUACGAAUGAAAAUAAUGAACAGCCAAAUGAUGAUGAGUACGAAUAUGGGGAUAUUCUAUAUGGUGAUGAUGAUGAUGAGUAUGAAUAUACAACGUGUGAAAAUGAUAUAAAUAAUAACGGGCAAUACUCACAACCCCCUAUAGGGUAUGAUGAUGAUGAUGACAAUGAUGACGAGAAUAUUACGGGUGAAAAUACAUUAGACGAAGAAGCUCUUAAUAGUUUUAUUGCUCAAUUAUUUGAUCUAAAAAAGAAAAAUGUACAAAAAAAACGUGAAAGUAGAUUAAUUCCCAGUAUAAAUAGGUUUUUAAAUUAUGAUAUUGAUGAGAAGGGAAACAAUCUUACACCGCAAAUAGUCAAAAAUUUAUUACACGUUUGCGAUUUAAUAUAUCAUAAUAAAAUUGAGGUGAAAACACACCCCUCGGAUUUAGAGGUUCUCGAAUAUAUUUUGGAUAAAGAUACGCCACAGAAGGAUGUAAAAUUCACACUGGUUGAGGAUUUUCGCAUACACGCACAUAUUCGUAAAGCUGUGAAAAUACUAGAAUCCGUGGUAAAAAAUGGGGGAAACAGUAAAAAGAUUAACACUAAUCGACGCCGAAAAAUUCAACUCGUUAAUGGAUCUGUUACGCGAUAAUUCCGCACGGCAAAAAUUACUAGAUACAACCACACGUACACCUGAAGAGGCAGGACUUAUUGAAGCACAUGGUGAAGCUGUUAAAUCUGUAAAAACUAAAUCAUCCGUGGCGGGUAGAGAUAUUAUUAAUUUCCUAAAUAAAAAAGACAAUUAUAAAAAAUCAAUAGUUCCCGACGUAGAUAAUGAUGAUGGUGCACAAGGUGCAGCACCCCCACCGACCGCAGCUAACCCCACCCCCGUAAAACCCGCUACAGUUGCAUGCUCACGACGUUUAAUUACAAAUUUUUUAGCCAGUAAAAAUGUUAAACCUCAGGAAAAUGGUAUACGUACUAAUACGGGAACAAACUUACCCAUAUCCUAUGACGACAUGAUUACUGAUUUAACGCAUAAUUUUACACGUACUCAACCUAAUUUAACAAUCGCAAAUAGAGAUCGUGUGAUAACUUUAUUAAAAAGGAUUAACAUGCCCGUAUCCUAUAUACGUAAUAAAGAAAUGAAGGAACAAUAUAAAAUUGCUCUAGAAUCGGAAGAAAAUACACACACACCGUUAACAACAAGAACAACAACAACACCCCUAAGACGACCGCUAACAACAACACCUACAACUUCACGUAUUGGAAGAUCAAGAAAAUACUUUUAA